CUGAGCCCCCCCCCCUGACCCCGACCAAGCCCCGCCCCUUCCUGGUUGUCCUAGCGACCGCGGUGGCGUCCCAAGAUGGCGUCGUGGCUGCCGGAGACUCUGUUUGAAAUUGUAGGACAAGGCCCGGCGCCGAGCAAAGACUACUACCAGUUGUUGAUCACCCAGACUCAGAUUAUCUUUAGAUGGUGGAAGAUUUCUCUGAGAAGUGAGUACCGGUCAGCAAAACCUGGAGAGACGAAAGAAACCCAUGAAGACUUCUUGGAAAACUCUCAUCUUCAAGUUCAAGUCGCCUUAAUAUUUGGAGCAAAAAUAUUAGACUAUGUCUUCAACCUGUGUGAAGGUAAAUUCGACUUCCUGGAGCGGCUUUCUGAUACACUGCUGCUGAAGAUCAUCUACUUCUUGGACCUGGAAGAUGUUGCCAGGCUUUCUCAGACAUCAAGCAGGUUUGCAAAGCUGUGCAAGUCCGACUCGCUGUGGGAGCAGAUAGUUCAGUCCGCCUGUGACACCAUCACUCCUGACAUGCGGGCCCUGGCGAAGGAUGUGGGCUGGAGACAGGUGUUCUUCACCAACAAGAUCCAGCUGCAGAGGCAGAUCCGCAGGAAGAGGCAGAGGCAGGCAAAGCAGAAGGAGAAGCACACUUAGGGGACAGCUCUUCCCACCAGGUGCUAAGGGCUGUGAGACAGGAGCAUCUCAGGCUACCAUCUUCCCAAUCCCCUGCUGCACCCAGAGGAAAGAGGCACCUAUUGUGUAUGAACUAGCAAUAAAGAGUAACUAGUAGGCUUGUGGUUUUUUAU